CCGGUCGGAACCCGCGUGUUCCCACAGACACUCCAGCAAUUCAUCAUCAAAACCACACACAUAGGAGCGCUCGCCGUUUGCAUCCCACCAUGGAUCCCUUCAUCAAUAUGUCGGCGCAGUUCCCUAACGGGGCUGUCCCCAAUCCCCGAUUCGUCCUCCUCGACUACUUCUUCCCGGGCUUCUCCAUGUUUACGUCGGCCCUGCACACUUACCUGGGCAUCGACCUCAACUUUUACAUCCCUCUACUUGUCGCCAUCUUCGGUCUGAAUUUUGUAUGGAGCUAUUUCAGCACCUCCGCGUGGGCAUGGAUCGACGAAUAUCUCAUGUCGUCAUUCAGGGUCCGCACUGACGACGAGAUUUACAACAUGCUGAUGCUCUGGAUUUCGCGACAAAAGUUUUCUCAAAACUCGCGACGGUUCCUGGUCAAUACCGACCUGUACUCUCGCAGUAGCUACAUCUGGGGAGGCUCCAACGACGAUAGCGAUGACGAGGACGGGGACGAGGAGAUCAGUGUCGAUAUCCUGGGCCCAAAGCAGACUCUGCACUAUACCCCUUCGUUCGGCUCUCAUCUGUUUUGGUACAAGGGCUGGCCUCUGUUCUUUGAACGCCACCAGAACCAGCAGCAAAUCAACUUCCAGAGUGCUAGCGAACGCGAGGAGCUUUCCAUCUCGUGCUUUGGGCGCAACCCGCGACUCCUCAAGGAACUCCUCCUGGAGGCCCGUCAGAUGUACCUCAAGAAGGACGAGCGCAAGACUCUAAUCUAUCGCAGCUCCAGUGGUUCUGCCUACGGUGGUGAGCCUUACUGGCAGCGCAGCAUGUCCCGUCCUAACCGCCCCUUCUCAACCGUCAUCUUGAGCGAGAAGAUGAAGCAGGAUCUGAUUGACGAUGCCGCCGACUACCUCAACCCUGCUACUCGCCGGUGGUAUGCUAACCGUGGUAUCCCCUACCGACGCGGUUACCUUCUCUACGGCCCUCCAGGUACCGGAAAGAGCUCGCUCAGUCUGGCUCUAGCUGGAUACUUCAGGAUGAAGAUUUACAUUGUCAGCCUGAGUUCCAUCAAUGCCACGGAGGAAGGCCUCACUUCUCUCUUCAGCAACCUGCCUACUCGCUGUCUUGUCCUCCUUGAAGACAUCGACACCGCUGGUUUGACACAUACUCGAGAGGAGCCAGAUGCCACGCCUGCCCCCGAUUCAAACCCAAAUUCUCCCAAGCCACCAUCUACCAAUACAGGAUCGGGUGGGCGCCUUUCACUUUCUGGCCUUCUCAACAUUCUGGAUGGAGUCGCUUCACAGGAGGGCCGUCUUCUCAUCAUGACAACCAAUCACAUCGACAAGUUGGACAAGGCGCUGAUUCGACCCGGCCGCGUAGACAUGAUUGUCCCCUUUAGCCUUGCUGACAAGACCAUGACCGAGUCCAUCUUCCGCGCCAUCUACGCUCCCUUUGAAAGCGAGAUUUCCGCGACCGAGCUGGCCCUCGGCUCCAAGAGCGGUACCAGCACGCCCAAGCGCAUCGAGCCGGAUGAGGAGGCAAAGGAACGGUGGGCCAGGCAGCAUGCGGAGAUUUCUCAGCGCAUUGAGGUUCUGUCUGUGCAGUUUUCUGCCAAGAUCCCCGAGCAUGAAUUCAGCCCUGCCGAGAUCCAGGGACUGCUUCUCAAGCAUAAGCGGUCACCUGAUGACGCCCUUGAGGCUGCAGAUGAUUGGGUGAUUCAGACUCGCAAGGAUAAGAAGGAGAAGGAAGUGCAGGAGGCUGAGAAGCGACGCAAGGAGCAGGAGGAAGAAGAGAAGAAGGCCAAGGCUGAAGAGGAGCAGAAGAAGAAGGAGAGCGAGGGCAACACGGCAAAGACUGAAGGCGUAGACCAGAAGAAGAGUGCCGAAACCAAGAGCGCCGAUGACACUCCCAAGGAGCCUCAAUCCACGGGAGAAGGAGAGGUCAAGGCGGAGACACCCGAGGUGGCUAAAGAUGAAAAGAAGAACACUGCAUCGGAUUCGGAGUAUGAGCGGGUGUGAAGCGUUGGACAGACGGAUAGUCAGAUGUCGGGUUGCAUAGCAUGGCGUUUCUGGGAUUGAGAGAUUUUGGCCUGGGCGAAAUAGCCCUUUUUUGGGAUAUCAAAUAGAAUAACUGAUGAAAUCAACUCCAAGAGCCUAUUCGUUUGAUAGGCUCAUGCAUG